AUGACCACUGCAGCACCCGCACCCACACUCAAAAAGGAGAAAACAGCCGCAAAACUCCGCUAUCUUAAUAAGAAAAAGAUACGAAGGAAAGCAAACCAAGCAGCUGCGCCUAAGAAGAAGAAAAGGAGAGUUGAGCCCGGUGAGCAGGAUGCAAAGGUAUCUGGCGGUGGUGAUCGUGGUAUUAGUAGCAGCAGUAGUAAUAGUGAUAGCAGUGACAGCAGUGAAAGCAGUAGCAGUGAUAGUAGCGACAGCGAUCGCGACGAGAAGAUCGAAAAGCCUGAGAAGCCUGAAAUCUCAGAAAACCCUGAGAUCCCCAAUAUCCCUGAGAUUUCCCAGGAAAUCCCUCAACAACCCCCUCAAUUGCCGUUGCUGUCCUUCCCAGAACCUCAGAAUCUCAACGUAGCUUCAACUGAAGAUCUCAAGAAACUCGGUCUGCCUGAUGUCUUUGCAAAUGAAAUUUCGAUAGACGCAAAUCAGUCAUUUCCUUCAACCCAGGCCCACACUCUAGGUUUAGGUGGCAGACUCAGCAAUCGUCUCAUCCAAAUCGGCUUUGAAAGCCUUUUUGCCGUUCAACUAGCUGCCAUUCCACUUCUCAUAGGUGACAUGAAUGAUGGUAUACGACACCCUCUUUAUCCCGCUGAGAGUCCAAGAGAUAUCUGCGUAUCUGCACCAACUGGCUCUGGAAAGACUUUAGGGUACACUCUACCAAUUGUAGAAGUUCUUUCAAGACGUAUCGUCACACGUCUGAGAGCUCUUAUCGUUCUUCCCACUCGCGAUCUCGUUUCUCAAGUCCGAGAAACAUUUGAGCUUUUCGCAAAAGGCACUGAUCUCAAGAUUGGUACGAUAACUGGACAGCAAUCAUUUCAACAAGAACAAGCCAAACUCGUUGGCCAAACUGAUACAAUCUUUGCUGGUGGCAGCUCUAAAGUCGACAUACUUAUAGCAACCCCGGGUAGACUUAUCGAUCACAUCAACUCUACCCCAAAUUUCACAGUCCAGCAUCUCAGGUUUUUGGUCAUAGAUGAAGCGGACAGGUUGAUGAAUCAGUCUUUCCAAUCGUGGAUAGACAGAGUUCAGAUUGCAUUAACAACACCAAUUAAAAUACCACCAAGGACAGAUGCACAUGAUGCAUUGGGUGGUACAAACAAACACGAUUUGAUGGAGACAUUUGAAAGACCACAACGAGGAGUGCAAAAAAUGCUUUUCUCAGCCACACUCACAACAGAUCCAUCAAAAAUUCGCUCUUUGCAUCUCAACGAUCCUAAGUUCGUCGUUGUUCGCAACGAGAAGGUGGAAGAUUAUGCGAUUCCAUCCACAUUAGAGGAACGUAUGAUAGUUUCCGAAACGGCGUACAAACCAUUGAUGUUGCUGCACUUGCUUUACCAGAGGGGUGUAAAGAGGGCGUUGUGUUUCACGAAAUCUGUUGAGAGUGCUACGAGGUUGAUGCAUCUUCUGCGACUGUUCAAUGAUCAAGUGGGGAAUGGACCGACAGUGGCAUCAUUUAGCAGUGAUCUCUCACCGCAAGAGAGGCAAAAGAUGCUUACCAAGUUUAAGGAUGGCGAGGUUGAUAUGUUGGUGUCAACGGAUGUAAUUGCAAGAGGAAUAGAUGUUCAGGGUAUUGAAAAUGUGAUCAAUUAUGACAUACCACUUGACAUGCCCAAGUAUGUCCACAGGGUCGGUAGAACAGCGCGAGCUGGAUUGGUUGGCACAGCAUGGACGCUGGUAGAAGUGCAAGAAGCCAAAUACUUUAAGGGAUACACGAAGAAUGCUAAGCAUCAAGUGAAGAAAGUGAGGCCAACGACAAAGGAAGUGGAACCAUUGAUGGAGGCAUAUGACGUGGCUUUGAGUAGGCUUGGAAGGGUUUAUAAUCAAGGUGACAGCUAG